UGGGACUGGCUCUGUGCCAGAGUGGUCGCCUCCAACCCCACCUGGCCCCAGCCCCAUGUCCCAGCUCUGUCCCAGGAGUGCCCGUGACCAGGCGUCUUGCACAGGGUUGCCCACAUGCCAGGGCCAUCACCACCAGGGUGGAGAAGCUUCUGAGGGCCAGUAGGAAGCCGUGUGCCCUGCGCUGUGUCUCAUGCAUGUGGUCCAGAGGAGGGAUGUCCCAGCCACAUGUCCUCACCCUCCUGGUGCUGCUGCUCUGCUGCCAGGGUCCCUCUGCCCAGAUCACGGAUAAUGUCGUUGAGAGAUGGAAGGAGUACAGCGAAGAGUGCCAGCGCAACAUGAGCCGCCUGCCUGCGCCCACAGAGCUGGUCUGUAACCGCACCUUCGACAAGUUCUCGUGCUGGCCCGACACGAUGCCCAACAGCACAGCCAGUGUGCCCUGCCCCUGGUUCCUGCCCUGGUACCACAAAGUGAAGCACAGACACGUCUUCAAGACCUGUGGGCCAGACGGACAGUGGGUGACAGGGCCACAGGGACAGUCCCUGCGCGAUGCCACACAGUGUGAGCAGGAUGACGAGGACCUAAAGGCGCAGGAAAAAUUUGCCAAGACCUAUGGCAGCUUCAAGGUGAUGUACACUGUGGGCUACUCUGUGUCCCUGUGUGCACUGCUGCUUGCCCUGGCCCUGCUGCUGGGCUUCAGGUGGGAGUUUGGGCAUGGCUGUCCACAGGGUGGGCAGGCGGAGGCCAGGGGUCCAUGCACGGGCAUUGAUAAUGGUCCCCAAAUUCGCAGCAAGCUGCACUGCAUGAGGAACUACAUCCACAUGAACCUCUUCGCCUCCUUCAUCCUGAAGGGCGUCUCUGUGCUGGUCAUCGACGCCCUGCUCAAAACCCACUAUAGUGACAAGAUUGACGGCUACAACGUACAAGUGUGGCUGAGCGACGAGGCAGCUGCAGGCUGUCGGGCAGCCACGGUCUUCAUGCAGUACGGAAUCGUGGCCAACUACUGCUGGCUGCUGGUGGAAGGCAUCUACCUGCAUAACCUGCUGGUGGUGGCUGUCUUCUCUGAGAGGAGCUACUUCACCCUCUACCUGUGCAUCGGCUGGGGGGCACCCAUGCUGUUCCUCAUUCCCUGGGUCAUUGUGAAAUUCCUCUACGAAAACAUACAGUGCUGGUCCACAAACAACAACAUGGGCUUCUGGUGGAUCCUUCGCUUCCCCGUGUUCCUGGCCAUCCUGGUGAGCCUGCGGCAGCCCCUUGCCCGACGUCUCUCACAGGCCCCAAGAUGGCUGAGAGGGGCUGCCGAGGGCAGGGGAACAGAGGUGUCCUGUCUGUCCCUGCCUCUGGCUCUGCCUGUGCCCCUGAUGGCUCACUCCAUUCCAUUGCAGAUCAACUUCUUCAUCUUCAUCCGCAUCAUUCAGAUCCUUGUUUCCAAGCUCCGUGCACACCAGAUGCGCUACACUGACUACAAGUUCAGGCUGGCCAAGUCCACACUGACGCUGAUCCCCCUGCUGGGCAUCCACGAGGUGGUCUUUGCCUUCAUCACAGACGAGCACGCCCAGGGCACGCUGCGUUACGUCAAGCUCUUCUUCGACCUCUUCCUGAGCUCCUUCCAGGGGAUGCUGGUAGCCAUUCUCUACUGCUUUGUCAACAAGGAGGUGAGCAGGACAGCGGGGACACGGGCAGCAGGGGCACGGGGUCACACUGACAGCUGCUGCCCACAGGUGCAGGCAGAGCUGCUGAAGCGGUGGCAGCGCUGGAAGCUGGGGAAGGACCUGGCUGAGGAGUACAAGCACACCUACAGCCAUGGACCCAGUGCCCGCAACGGCGCUGGCAGCACCUGCGAGAAGCACCAGCUGGUGGGCGGCUGUGCCAACGGGCUGGGGCGCAGCCUGGGCCCCCACCCCGGCUCCCAACGCCUGGAGAGGAGCGGGCGCAGCACGGCCGAGCACCUCGCCCUGGGAGGCCAUCACCACUGCUAUGAGUUUCCUGAGACCACGGCCGAGAGCCACUUCUGAGCCCGCAGCCAGGUGGGAGGGCUGUGCUGAGCCGCUGGGAUGCCGCCGUUCCCUGCCACGUCCUCCCCAGGUGCUGGUGGGCACUGGGACCUGCCACCCUGCUGAGGCUGCUGCGCUGGGCACAUGGACAGUGGACACAGCGAGGCAGGCAAGUGGGGCCUGGACCUCUGGAAGGGGGAACUGUGGGGCCAGGGGGAUCUGUGGGGGUGGGAGUUUGUCCUGUGGUGCUGCCCUCGUGCACCUUCGAGUCCCUGUGCGCAGUGCUGUAAUUUAUCUGUCAUAUCUGUAAAUAGGUGUGGGCCCGUGCUGGGCUGCAGGGCCA